AUGCUCCGCCGCGCUGUUGGCCCACAGGCGUCGCGUGCGUUAGCGAAGACGUCAAGCACCGCCCGCUGCUACACCAACUUUGACCACAUCAAGUACCCUUACCACACCCAGGGGGUGUGCUGCGUUCUUGGGUACUUCCUUGUCAUGUGGGUCAUCUUUGCACGGAUGGGCAGCCUCUUCUCGAUGCGCGCGUCGUACAAGCACGAUUACCUGAGCGUGUGGCACCGCAAACUCGGCACUGGCUACCAAUGGGCCGAUGCGUGGGGCCCGCAGAUGGAUACGAUGUGGCGCAAUGUCCCUGAUAGGGUGGAGUAA